UUAAAUAUUUAUUUUCCCACGCUAAUCUAAUAAGUUACAUUAAACUUUGUAUUAUCUUGUAAUAUUUUUAAACACUUUGAUGGCACAUCAUUUACAAAGAAUUCUUUCUUGAAAAUUUUCCAUUCCCACUUAUGAACGACAUGAAAAUACAUAUAAUGACAUAUGUUAUGUUUAUAAGAUGAAAAGAGGGAGUAGUGCUAACAAGGUACCAUCAUCUACUAUAAAAGUGUCUGCUUGGGAAAAAACAAGUACCAUUGAAAAUGUUGUACGACAUAAAAAUCGAUAGAGAUCUUAAACUCUCUCGAGUAUUAUAUUUGGUUUUACUGUUGAUUUGUAUAUCUGUGCAAUUAAGUAUGACUUUAUCAGUGCCUGUUACAGACUAUGAUACAACUACAAUAUCAACAAAUAAUUCAACUGAUGAUGAUUUAUAUGUUAUAAAAGCAGUGGUAUACGAAAUUGGUAUUUUAACAGAUGCAGAUAACACAACCAAUGAUACUACAGAAGGACAAGAAGAGGUUAAACUUUCAUUUUACAAUCCACCAAAUACGAAUAAUGGAUCUUAAAGAUAAAAAGACGAAUUCAUGUGCCUCAUUUCAUAUUAUUUAUUUACUUUUGUAACUUUAACGAAAUGCAAAUGCUGAAUAAAUACAAUAUAAGUAUUAAAUACUAAUUAUACAAAUGUUUUGUCAUAAAAUGUUUUCAAUAGACCGAAUGUAAUAUGAAAAGAAUAAACGUUCUUUAAGUAAAUUUAAUA